AGUAAUAAGAGGAAAAAGAAGAUGGCGGAGUCUACGUCACAGGACGCCCUCGCCUCCGGGGGAGAGGAGGAAGAGGAGGAGGACCCGGACUUUGAGGAGCUGCGUCCUCCCGAGAUGGACCCGCUGGCCGAACUGCUGGACCACGACGGGGAGAAGUGCGUCAUCCAGCAAGAUGGGGGAGACAAGAUGGACGUGUUGCCGCAUGGAGGGACGUGCUUCUCGUUCUCGCGCGUUCACGAGCCGAGCUGCAGCCUGCUGACGCCCAACCGGCUGCUUACGCUUCCCGACUGCCCCCUCGAGGUGAAGAUCGUCUCCGUCGAGCGGGACCACAGCAGCACGCACAUCCUCUACCCAAACCUGUACGUGAUCGAGCUUCGUCACGGCGACUUCCAGUGGUCCAUCCGGCGUCGGUACAAGCACUUCCAGCAGCUCCACCAGCAGCUGCAGAUGUACCGCGCGGCCAUGUCCAUCCCGCUGCCCACCAAGAAGCACCGCGAGCGGCGGCGCAGCUACCGCGAAGACAACGCGCGCAGGCCGCUGCCUCGCUUUCCCAAGAAGCCCGAGAGCCUGCUGUCUCAGGAAGAGGUCCAGCAGAGGGCGGAGCAGCUGGAAGCCUACCUGAGCAACCUGGUCAUGGUUCCAGCCUACAGGAUGAACCCGCAUACGAUGCAGUUCCUCGAGGUGAGCCACCUGUCGUUCGUGGGCGGCCUGGGUCCCAAGGGCCGCGAGGGACUCGUCUACAAGAGGUCCGGUGGACACCACAGUGCCAGGGGCUGCGUCCGCCUCCACUUUCUCUUCUACCAGUGCUGCAGCAGGUGGCGAAAGAGGUGGCUAAUCGCGAAGGACACCUGCGUGUUGUACGUCCGCCCUCGCGACGGCGUCAUCAAGUCGGUGCUCCUGAUGGACCAGGGCUUCCAGGUCCAGUCCGGCUUCAUGGCUACGGGGGUCAACCACGGCCUGCUCGUCACGAACCUCACAAGGAACCUCCUGGUGAAGUGCUGGACGAAGCGUAAGGAGCGGGAGUGGAAGGACCACCUGCAAGAGUUGGCCAAGACGUCGGGCCGCGACUUCACGCACCCGAACCGAUACGACGCGUUCGCCCCGGUCCGCACCGCGAGUCGCUGCCGUUGGUACAUCGACGGGUCCAAAUACUGCGAAGCGGUGGCCAACGCCAUCGACAUGGCGCGGGAGGAGAUUUUCAUUGCCGACUGGUGGCUCACCCCCGAGAUCUAUCUUAAGCGUCCCGUGGUGCCAAACAACCGUUGGCGAUUGGACCAGCUUCUGCAGAAGAAAGCUGAGGAAGGCGUGAAGGUGUUCGUGCUCCUGUACAAGGAAGUGGAAAUGGCGCUCAACAUCAACAGCCUUUACAGCAAGCAGAAGCUGGCGGCCAUGCAUCCCAACAUCAAGAUCCUGAGGCACCCAGACCACGUAACUGGUGGCAUCCUCCUCUGGGCUCACCACGAGAAGCUGGUGGUCAUCGACCAGAAGUUCGCCUUCCUCGGAGGGCUAGACCUGUGCUACGGACGCUGGGACGACUUCAACCACAGGCUCACAGAUGUAGGUGGAAUUGAAAUGCAGAGGCAGAUCUCCAAAUCGGAGCAGCCUGAAGUCAGCACAUCUAUGAGCGAGGUGGCGAACAGACUUCUCGCGUCGCACCGGUUACGCAAGCAGCAGCAAUCCGGUGGUGACGCCGGGCUCACCGAAGGUUACGGGACGACCGACGCUGCGGAUGGCGGCGGCGACGCGACAACGCCAGGCACCGCCACCGACGCUGACGCCAGGAACCGAGGCAGGCGCUCCCUGUUGGGCGGCAGGCUCUCCACGGGUGCCGCAGCCGGCGGUGGCACCGUCUACGUCGACCAAGAAGAGGGUAGGGUGGUCGUCGGCGAUGACGGCUCGUCCAGAAUCGCGUCCAACCUGAUGCGCGCCAGGCGCGUAUUCCGAGCUGUCACGGCAUGCCAGAAGCUAAAGAAGCAGCAACAACACGAGGGUAUGCAAGCCUUCCAUCGGCACACACGAAGGGGAUCCCUGGACUCGCUCAAUACGCCCUGCGAUGUGCCCCGCUCAGAGCUGCGGGCCAGCUCUCUGGAAGACGACCUGGGUCUCCAAGGAUCCGCCAAGUACUGGCUCGGCAAGGACUACACGAACUUCAUCUUCAAGGACCUCACCGAAGUGGACAACCCUUUUGUCGACAUCGUGGACCGCAACGUGACGCCCCGGAUGCCGUGGCACGACAUCGGAGCGGCCGUCAGUGGCGCCGCCGCGCGGGACAUCGCGCGACACUUCGUGCAACGCUGGAACUUCACCAAGGUGCGUCCAUGCACUAUUUUAUGUGCCUGA